CAUUUCUCAUAACUCUUCCUGAACCUCAACGGGGUAGCCAGAGACAUCACAAACGUGUCCUUUAUUACAAAAAUAAAAUAAAUAAACAAUACAAAAGAUCAUAUUUUAAGGAUUUCAGCGGAUAAUGCAAUGAUCAAAAUAAAAGCACACAUCGGCUCAGUUUAAGGUGUGUGGACACUGUGGGGGACAGGCAAUUGUGAAGGAGAAUUUCACGAUUAUAUGCUGAAGAUGACUUGUGCAAAAAACCUUCAUCUGACGGUGUUGACAAAGGUCUGACGGAGGUUACAACAGAUUUAAUGUGAUUUCUCGGUUUGGCCCGCCUGUCUCCAUGAGGUCUGUGGACGUGGGCUUCAGGUGCAGAGGCUCUCCGCACAUCAAUCAUCUUCUCACGGGGUCGUCUCCCACACCCCUGCGACCCUGCAUCUCCCAUCCGCCGGUGUUUGAGUUCACACACACUCCCACAACAGGCCUGAUCAAGAGCGGCCGCAGGGAGAAGCGCGUCGCGUUCGCGGACGCCAAAGGGCUGUCGCUCAUCACAGUGCGCUUGUUCUCCGAGAAAGAGGACAAACCGAACCUGAAAACACCACGACUUAAGAAGUUGAUCUGCUCGACAGAGUCAGCUAAUAAGACUUUAGGGUUGAGACUUGGGUUCGAUCAGCCCUGCAGAGAUUUCCAGGCGUUCAGAACGAGGCUUCAGGAUCACAUGGUGCUGUUGGAGAGCUGUGACGUCACCAAACGCUGCAUUCUGGGAACCGUGCGCGUCAAGAACGUCUGCUUCGAGAAAGCCGUACACAUCCGGAUCACUUUCGAUGCGUGGAGCAGUUACCGGGACGUCCCGUGUGCGUACCUGGAUCAGAGUUACGGGGAACCUGGAACUGACGUGUUUGAGUUUAACAUCAGCGUUCCUGAACGGAUUGACCCGCGCAGACGCAUCGAGUUCUGCGUGUCUUACUUACCGGCGGCGCUCGGUGUCACUGAAUGGGACAAUAACGAUGGCAAAAACUAUUGUAUUCAUGUGUGUGGCGCUGAAUCUGCUGCCGUCUAAUGACAGCUUCACUGUGUCUGCUGAAACUUUGCACAUCUUUGUGUGCCAUGAUCACUGUUGCUCAGAUUAUUCAUAUUUUUUUUAAUUUAUGUUUGUGAUAUUUACUAGGCCUAAUCUAACAGAGGUUUAUAAAUAUCUUGCGGGAAUGUUUGCAUACUGUGGAUAAUGUAUUUUAUGAUAAAUGUUUAAUUAUAUCAAAUACAAUUUUUUUUUUUAGAUUAAGCACUAACAUGUUUAUAAAACCCUUUCGUACUGUAAAUAACUUAGUUUUUAAAGUAAGUAUUUUAUUAUAUAUAUAUAUAUUAGAGAGUGUUUAAUGAUAUUCACCUGGAUUCCCUAGGGUCAUCUUUUUUUGUUUUUAUCCUUAUUCUUGUUAUAUUUAUCUCAGACAAGAUUAAUACAGUCAAGCACUUUUUCUAUUUCUAUACAUAAUCUAUUUUUAUGCUGUUGGGGUAUCUAAUUAAGUUACCUUUCUAGCAUAAUUUAAUGUAGGACACGGCCUGGUAUUCCUUAAGGAGGUGCAAUCAAAUCCCAGGAUGUUUUUGACUUGGUCACUAAGUAUAAUCCAUUUUAAUCUAUUAAAUACCAGGAUCGGUGCCUGACAUUGACGUAUAAGAGAACCCUUGAUCAUAAAAAGAUGUUUAAGCAUA